UGCGUGAUGUAAAGUUGGAUUAGCUCCUACCAACUAGGUAUAUAAUAAGUUUUCUUUAUUAUAUACAACUUGAUGAAAGUUAUAUCAGUUUAACCAGCUAGAUAUAUAAUAAUAAUAAUUUCAUUUUUGUUAUCUAGAUCUACUAUUCUAUAUAGAUAGUUCCAUUUUCAGGAGGAUGCACUCCUAUCGACUCUUUGUGAUUUAUGUUUUUAAAUUUAUGUUCACAUUUUUAGUAAAAAAAAAUUAACAUACACAUUCAAAUUACACAUAAACAAAGAUAAAAGGUUGUAAAUAAGUUUCACAGCAAACAAAAUUAGUCUAAAUACCUCUUUAUAUAUUUUAGCAAUCUCUUCAAAAUAAAUACAAUGUUUAUGAUAGAAAAACACACUUUUUACAUUUAUUUAGAAAAACACACUAUUUCACAUUUAUUUGAAUUCCUAUUAUUAAUAGAUAUGUUUGCUCUAUAGGUGUUCAUGCUUAUAUACACUAUGUAACCCAACAGAUUUCCUACAAAAAGUAGAAAACAUGAUGAAGGUAAUCUCUUAUCAAAAUGCUCUAACAACUAAGAUCAAACUGAUUAAAUACCAGAGCACUGUCAGAUGAAUGUUUAGCAAGUUAAGGAUCCAUGAAAGAUAUCUUUUAACUGCUCUUACAACUUAUUUUCCAUUUCUUCUAUUUUUUUAUUGUUUUGAACAGGUUCCUUCAAAAGAAUUGAUUUGUUUGAAGUAUUAGCUGGUGAACAUAGUAGAAAUCCUCCAAAAAAAAGGGUGGCUGUGCGUUUCUCCCUAGAGAAACCUCAGCAACAAGCUUCAUCAGACGACGCAUAAAGAUGGUGGCAGGUCUAGCAAAUGCUGGUCCAAUAUCUCCGCUUCGAUGCACGAUGAUCCUAUCAAAUGCGAGCAUUAAGGAUUUUGCAGUGAGUUAAUACGUUCAUCUUGGUUCAGAAAAGCUGCAUCCAAUAUGAUGUGGAAGAAAGCGGAAAUCUCUACUGCUAGCUUCCAUUUGACACAACUUCAAUGGAAUUGCAGUCAAAUCGAUGAAUCUUCUUAAAUUUCAUAUCGUAAAUGAAAUCAAUAACUUCAGUGAAUCAGAUUAGAGUUUUCGAGAAUUCAUCAUGUAGUUUGCUUUAAUGACCAUAAUUUUUAAAAUAUGUAGAUUACCCAUAGCUUGCAUUGUAUCGUUAUAGCAUAUUUGAUUAAUUUCUAUGAAUAUUUUAAUUGUAGUUGACUAACAUAAUGUGUUAAAACAUAAGAUAAUAGUGUUGAUUAAAAUCUUAUUUUUUUAAUGAGUAAGAAAAUUCAUUAAUAUCUUCUGAUUAAUUAAGAAACUUUUUCAAACUCAAAUUAUUUUGAUAAUACGAUAUUUUACACAAGUGAAUUACUAUUACCAGCAGUUAUUUCAAAAUAAAACUUUUUUUGAUAAAAAUGAAGUGGCUCAGCAGAAAGAAAAGAAUUGCAAUCAACCAAUAUUUUAGUUUGUUAAUUAAAAAUAUAUGUUUUCUGUCUAUACCAAUGUUUCAGAAAUAAAAUAAUGUUUUUUACUAUUUUUUUUGCUAUUUUCUUUUAUUUUUAUUAGGUUAGCAAUUUAUAUUAAUUAAUAAUAUAUUUUAUUUUAAUAUAUAUACAUAUAUCUCUAAAUUUUGACACACUCUUGAAAAUAAUUCUUUUAUCAUUUUAUUUAAUGUUAAUUUCCAAAGAGUUACCAUAAGUAUCAAUUUAACUCCAUUUUAAUGGCUACAUAAUAUUAUUUUUCAUUUUAUUUUGAAAGAUUUUUCAGAAAAAUUAAAUAUUAUAAGAAUAAUAAAUUAAGAUGAUGGUUUGUAUAUUUUAUUUAUAUUUUAAAUUAUGUGAAGAUUUCAAUAUUAUGUAGCUUCAGCUUUUAAAAUCAUAUGUGAUUUAAAUACUUAUAGAUUUGAUUCUUCAAUAGAAAUUAACGUAAACUUUAAAAUCAUGUGUUUUAAAUUUAUAUAGUUAUAACUUUUUGAUAGUUUUGCAUUUUUAAAUAAAUUAUUAUUUUUGGUAGUCAUUUUUAUGUUAAUUUUUGAAAAUCUGUUAUAUAUUAAGGCUCUAACUGGUGAGCAUUAAAAUAAGAAUAUAAAUUAGUAGGAAAUAAAUGAAUAUGAAAAAAAAUAAAAAGAAUGAAAAUGAAUAUUUAUUUCUUUUGUUUCAUACCAAUUUUGAUAAUGAAUGUUUUUCUUCUAUAGUUCCUCAAAAUUCAAGGAAUGAUAAAUAAUCAAACGCAACAAAAAUUCUCCAUAAAUGAUGUAAUUUUUAAGGAAUGAGUAGGAAUUGACUAUUCUCCUUAAUUCUUUAUGUUACCAUUUGGAUCCUAAAUUAACUUACAUAUGAUGUUUUUUUACUUUGUAAGUUUACCAUGUUUGAUAUCUAUCUAUACUAAUAAAGUUGCUCAGAAACUCUCCUCAGGCUUCCACCUCACCCUUCCAUAUCUUAAAACCCGCCACGUGUCGUCUCCUUUUCUUCUGCUCCGUGUUUUUUAAAAAACAACACUCUCUCCCGUGUUUUUUCUUUAAAAAGCGGAGCUCUUCUUUUUGGGCUUGCAAGUAUUUGUGUUUGGGCUUCUCUAAAAUUGGCCCAUCUUUUUAGGGUUUCACUGUGGGCCGUAGAAGUCGUUCCUUGCUGUCCUUCGAUUCUUCGCUGUUCUUCCGUUCUGUAACGGCGAGCGUUUCUGUUUCUCAUUUCUUUAAUCACAGCAUUAACCCCAGCCCCACUACUCUCCUCACUCUCUGUAAAUUAAACACCAUAAUUAUCAUGAAAUGACGAUGAAGGAGGAUGUGACAACAGAUAGCAGAGGCAAUUGCUUUUUGAGUUGAUUGUUAUCCUCUGAGAUAUGGAGCAAGUAUUCGUCGGGUCAAGGGUUUACCAUUAUCGGCUUUACUCAUUCCAAGAAGCGCUUUCAUGGCCGUUUCUUAAUGUUUGUUUGCUCUUACUCGAGACUGUGAGAUGCAGUGGGUUACCAGGUAUUUGGGAGUCAGUACUGUGACUUCGACAAAGGCACUCUCCGCUGCGAUAUUAAUAUCUCAGUCCGUCCUAUUACACAAGCGAAGUUUGGCAGCAAGGUGGAAAUGAAGAAUUUGAAGGAGUUUUCACCAAUUGACAGGGCCAAGCCAACCAGCUUAUGGGGAGAGAAGUAACUCAGACAGGAACAAUAAUGAAUACAUGAAUAUUGACGGAGAGGUGAGAAAGCUGACUAAUGCCCUGCAGAAGAUGUUGCACAACUUCUGGAGGAGUGAAGACCCGGACCGUAGACCCCUGCCACAGUGCAUACAUGACUUAGUUGGGAGCACUUCUACUUAUUGAAGCUUUCCCAUUCAACUGCUCCUCCAAGCAUCAGCCGUUCACCAUAUCUCGAAUCUUUGACCGCGACCAGUGUUCACCACUGCCAAACUUUGCUGUAAAUGGAGCGAUAACAACCCCGGAGAUGAUAUCUCUGGAACAGUAAGCAGUAGCAGUUACAACUUACCUUUACUGGUGAGUGUGUGACUAGGGGAGCCCCUGCUACAAAUGCUUGUGGGGUUAUGGAGGGAGCUUCUGCUGCUGCAGGUGUUUCGCAUGAUGAACCUGUCCAUGGUGUAAUAACUGCUGAUGGUCCACCACUCCGGAGGCUGAUCCAGCAAAGCUGAAGUUCCCAGCAUCGUGUGUCGCCAACUCAAGCGUCCACCACUGCUUGGAUUUUUGUCUUCAUUUGAGUAAAAAUAAAUUGUUUAAGAUCACGAUACUUAUUUCAAUGCUUUUGUUGUUGGUUUUUUUUUUUUACUUUUUCUUAGCAUUGUCAUCACAAAAACUUUGUAUCAGCAGUGGUUUUAAAAAAAAUAUUUAUUGCUCUUCAACAAACUACAUUCCUGUUUGUUUAAAAAGAAGCUAUAUUCCUGUUGCUAUUUGAGAGCUGGUCCUACCGCUUAAAUAAACAUAGUAGGUAGCUCCUCCUGAUUUUGCUUCCAUAUUUUACAGAAGUUGAUUUAGCAAACAAACCUUGACGAAAUGAAAUAAAUAUAUUGAUUGCCUCCAUGAGUUCUGGGUGAUUUAAACUGAGUUCUUCCGUACACAUUUAGACACUGGCAUAAUGCAGCGCUAUGGAUAAAAUCAUUUAACGUUCAAGGGUGUUGUCCUUACAGAACGUCACCGGCAAAUACUGUAUCAGCAGCAGCAUUGGUGAUUAGGAGGUUACGACCACUGACUCCCAUGCUCUAUAAAACUGAGCUUCGUUAGUUGCGUUUCCUGUUUUCCCACUGUAGGAACGUACAUCUGCAUUAGCAAGUUUGUGAAGGAUAAGAAGAUGAUGGCUCCCGACUGUCAGGUCCCAAAGAUGAUGGCUUCUUUGCGUCAAGUUUAUGUUAAAAACUUAAAAAUAUAAAUAACACGAAUAUACAAAAGUAGUUUGGUGCAAAAUCGAAAGAUCAUAAAUAAAGUAUCUUCUGCUAUUUGUCCAAGUAAUGCAAAGAAGAUAUAUUUUUUCCUUUUGUGUUGAGAGAACAUUUGACCUCAAAACGUUUAUAGCUUAUCGGAUUUUAACUGCGUCUACAGUUUAUAGAGAGUACGAGAAGUCACAGUCCUAUUCUAUGUUAGCCUCAACCGCAUUGUUUCACGGAAUCUCGAGUGGUGUCGCUGACCAAGAAUGACAUCACGCAUACAACGAUCAAUGGACUUGAAAAUCUGGGCAGUGGUGGAUGUCUCGAGUUCAUGAAUUUGUUUUUUUUUUGGCUAAAUAGUUCGUUCAUGAAUUCUUCACAAGCGAGAUAUUAUAUAACUAUUGCCUGAACUGCCAAGCGUUUAAGGAUGAGAAACAAUGAAAAGACUUUGAUCUAUAUCAAACAUACAACUACACGGUUCACAAAAAGUAACCCCUCUGUUCAAACUCGCAAAACCCUACAAGUAUAGAACUACAUAGACCCAUACAUACUGACGCACAGAAAGCAAUAACAGAUCCAUAUAAUGUGAUUUCACAUUUCAUCAAACUCACACCAACGUAAAUAAAAAUAGGGUAAAUCUCACGAAAUAUUUACUAGAUCAGGGAACUAAAUUUACAAUAAAAUGAUGGACAACCACAACCAAAAAUUAAUACAUAAUAGAAUUUAAAAUAUAAUAAUUUUUAUAAGAAAAAUGUAAAUAAAAGAAAUAUUAAAAUUAAAAAUUUAGUUACAAUACAUAAUAUAAGUUGAAUAACAUAAAAAAAACUUUUUGAAUAAGGUGAAAAAACUUAGUAACAAAAAAAAAAUAGUUUAAAAUACAUCAUAUAACUCAAUAAUUCAUUUUAUGAAUAAAUAUAAAUUUAAUAAAAGAAAAUGAGAAAGAAAAUAUACUUAUUAUGUUGCUUUUUCAGAUUUCAUAAAUAUAACAAGAUAAAUAAAAAGUGAAUUUAAUGAAACUUUUUUUUCUUCAUUUUGGUCAUAAUAUUAAUACAUAGAAAACUUGAAAUAAUUAAGGAAAACAAUCAAAUAUUAAUAGAUAAUCAAAACACAGAUGAAUAAAAGUUAGGAACUAAUUUACGAUAUUGUGUUUUCAAAUUUCAUCAAACCAAAAUUAACAAAAAUAAAUAAUUUUGACAGAUUUUUUUUUGCUUUCUGAUCACUAAACUCAAACCAUCAAAAAUAAACAAGAAAUUGAUAAAAAAAUAACUUAACAAAAAAUACAUAAUCAAAAAUAAUAUUUAGAAAACAAUCAAAAACUUAAAGUAAACCUAUAGCAAAUACACAAUAAACAAAUGAACAUUUUUAAAAAAAAUAUUGUUCCAUUAUAUAAAGAACAGAUUAAAGUAAUUGUAUUCGAAUAAAUAUGUAAAAUAAAAAAAAUAUUUCUUGAAUUCUAAAAACCUUAUCCUAACAAAUCAAAUACUGAUAUGGUAAUUAUAUAUAAAUAUAGUGCAAGCAAGAAAUACAAUGUAAAAUAAUGGGAGAAGCAUAUUAAGAUUAUAAAUAAAACUAUGUCAACCAUGGUCUAAAAUAAAACAAAUAAAUCAAAUAAAUUACAUUGCUAAAAUAAAAAUAUCUUCACUAAAACUCUUUAAAUUAUGAAGUUUGGUUAACCUAAACUAGAAUGAAGCUAACUAUCAUAACAUCAAAUAACUUCAACCUAAAAGAUGAUAAAAAUAAAAUAAAAAUGAAUCAAAAAGUAUACACAAUAUAUAAUUAAAUAGUAAAAAUAUAAAUAGCUAACAAAUAAAUAUUUUUUAAAGUCAAAUUCCCUCGCGAAGCGCGGGCCAACCACUAGUUGAUUUAUAUUUUAUUUUGAAAUAAAUGAUUUUGGUAAUAUUGUCAUUUACAAAAAUAAUAUAUUAGAAAAUAAUUUUUCAUAAUAUUAUCAGUGGUUUUGAAUCUUAUUGGACAUCAAUGGCUUAUACCUCAAUUUUCAUAUAAUAUAUGUUUUUAAAAAUAAAAAAUAAAAUCGUGAUUUACCAUAUUCUUGAUGCUUUAUGAUAAUAUAUGGAUAUUAUAAACCAUGUGUUUAAAUUUAUAUAGUUAUAAUUUUUGAUAGUUUUGCAUUUUAAAAUAAAUUAUUAUUUUGUUAGUUAUUUUAUGUUAAUUUUUCGUAAAUCUGUUAUAUAUUAAGUUAACUUAUAGAUAAUGUUUUUACUUUUGCAAAUUUAUCAUAUUUGAUAUUGAUUUAUAUUUUACUUUGAAAUAAACUAUUUUGGUGAUAUUGACAUUUUUGAAAAUAGCAAUUUGAUUUGUUAUAAUAUUAUUGGUAGUCAUGGACGGAAAGAUAUACGUAUUCGGAGGUUGCGAGAUGAAAGCCUUGGAUUGGGUCGAAGUGUUUGAUCCAAAGGAGGAGAUUUGGAUACCACAACCCGAAGAGCAUCAUUGGGACUUACCUUAUGCAAGUGGAGAGUUUACGUCGUAUGAGAAGAUUCAUAUGUCGGCUAGUGGACAAGUUUUUAACUGUGUUUUUUCCUUUUGAAUCUUAUCAAAUGCAAAAUCGAGAAAGUCGUUUGUGAAAACCAAAGUUUGACGAGAAUCUCGGAAUAAAAUCUUAGAAGACUUACACGUAAGUCGUCUGUCGGAAGACUUAUAUGUAAGUCGUCCGGGUAAAAUUAAAUAUUUAAGUUUUAUUUUCUAAUUGCAAAAAUAACUCGAGACGGUUUACAUAGAAGUUGUCUAACAAAAUUAAAUAUUGAAGUUUUAUUUUUUUAUAGACGACUUCCCUGUAAAUCGUCUAGGGAAAGACAAAUUUCUGACAAUAUCUGGUUAAAUACAAAAUUAACAUGUUUAUCCUAGACAACUUACAUGGAAGUCGUCUCUGAGAUUUUUGAUUUUUUUUUUUAAAACAAAGAUAACCGGAAGACUUCCAGAUAAGUCGUCUCAAAAAAAUACACAUAAAGUUAAUUGUAAAACUAACACUUGCAUUGACACAAAGACUUUUGUGUAAGUCUUCUACAUCGAGAAGACUUAACUUAAGUAUUUUAACAUAUUUAUUUGGAAAAAAAAUGAUUUCAUACUUUAAAUUCGUGAGAUAACUUUCUUAGCAUAGAAAAGUCUUCUCCAAGCACCAAAAACCUCAAACGAAAGCGACACACCAAGAAUCGUGAGCUUGAAUGGGUCUAUGAACCUUAAAAAAAAUUAGAAUAAAAAUAUUGGUUUUUUUGAUGAAUAUAUAGAGAAAGUGAAAGAUAUGUUGUUUUUAGUUCAUAAGAAAUGAGAUAGAAGGAGACAAAAUUGAUUUUUAGUGCAUUAAGAGCUUCAAAUUGGUUGUUCAUGGUGGUUGGUGUAUUGAUGGCAAUAUCAAUAUUAUAAAUACUUGGUGAAGAUGAAGAUGGUAGAGUAAAAUGCUCAUUUUUGGGAAAAAAAAAAUAAUGUCAUUUUCGUGAAUAUUUCAAACUUUUGGAGUGAAUGGGCAAGUCAAAAGUCCAAAAAAAAAAACAUGGGUUAGUUUUGUGUUUGACUUUGAGUUUUGAGUCAUAUUUGCAAAAAUUCCAAUAUUAAUAUCAUAAAAGACAAGAUUCGAAAAUAUUUUCAAUACAACUUAAACAAAGAAAUUCAAUUUUUUGAGUAGAGAAUAAAAAGAUUAGAAAUCCCCAACCAGUGCCAAAGACUUUUGGCCCAUCAGCCUUUGCAAUGUUGCUUAUAAACUCAUAUCUACGAUGCUAGCUGAUCGCCUUAAACCAUGGCUCAAGUUUAUUAUUUCAGACAAUCAAAAAGCUUUUGUCCCCAAUAGAUUAAUCACAGAUAAUAUACUUAUAGCUCACGAACUUCUCCACUCUUUAAACACCAAAAACCUUUCACAACCAUACAUGGCUCUAAAGCUGGACAUUAGUAAAGCUUUUGAUAAAGUAGAGUGGAGAUUUGUAGAGGCUAUUAUGAAGAAACUAGGCUUUGCAGAUAAAUGGUGCAAGUGGAUAAUGAAAUGUAUAUAGCUAGUGUCUCUUAUUCGAUUUUGAUAAACGGGAAUCCAGUAGGACCCAUCCAUCCAAAGAAAGGCAUUAGACAAGGUGAUCCUAUAUCACCAUAUAUAUAUAUCUUUUGUGUACUGAAGGAUUGUCUGAUCUCAUUCAAAAUAGUAUAAAAACAGGAAAACUUCAUAGUUUUAAGGCUAGUAGAAAUGGACCAUAAAUCUCUCACUUGUUGUUUGUAGAUGAUUCUCUUCUAUUCUGUAAAGCUACUGAAGAUGAAUGCGAGGAGAUAAUCCAAAUCCUGAAGAUAUAUGAAAAAGCUACAUGUCAGACUGUUAAUCUUAACAAAUCAGAAGUAAUUUUUGGAAAGCGAUUAGCUUCUGAUGUAAAAGAAAAUAUCUGCAAUCGCUUGGGAAUUAUUCAAAAUACAGGAUUUGAUAGAUAUCUAGUCUUGCCUGAGUUUAUAGGAAGAAUUAAAUUCAAUGCUUCCUCCUAUAUAACUCAAAAAUUGGAGAAUAAAGUGUUUAGCUGGUACUCUAAAUUAUUGUCUCCUUCAGGCAAAGAAACUCUCUUCAAAGCAAUCGCAACAGCCAUCCAGGCCUAUAGCAUGUCAUGCUUUUUUCCUCCCCAAAAGAGUGAUUGAUCAAAUGACCAGAGCCAUGAGAAGAUUCUGGUGGUCCAGUACAAAGGAAAAACAUGGAAUCUCUUGGAUUGCUUGGCGCAAAAUAACAAACUAAAAAAAACAAGGAGGAUUAGGUAUAAGAGAUUUGAGAGACUUCAAUAUUCCCCUAGUGGCAAAGCAAAGCUGGAGAAUAGUCCAAAAUCCACAAUCCUUUCUGGCAAGAGUUUUCAAAACCAAGUACUUCCCCAAAACUGAGCUGCUUUAAGCCAAAGCAAGGGCCAACUCUAGCCAUGCGUGGAGAGAACAACAUAAAUUGGAACACCAAAGUGGCUGAAUUUAUUGAUCAUGUUACUAAAAGGUGGGAUAUUAACAAACUUAAUGCUUUUGUAGUUAGUGAAGAUCUUGAGAUUAUCCAGACAGUGUGCGUCCAGCAGUGACGAACACAAGAGACUUCGCCACAUGGAUCCAUACAAAGGACGGAUAUUACUCAGUAAAAUCAGGUUACAACCUUCUCAGAAACUCUUUCAUACAAAAUAACUCAAAUCCACAGGGUAACGAGAAUUGUAACCAGCAAGAAGAAACAUUAAAAAACAUGUGGAAAUUAAAUGCCCCUCCAAAAAUAAAAAAACACUUUUGGUGGAGAGUUAUACACAAUGCUCUCCCUGUUGCAGGAAAUUUGUGCAGAAGGAAAUACAGAUUGAGGACACCUGCCAAAGCUGCGGAGUGAAAUCAGAAACAGUUAACUAUAUGCUCUUCCAUUUUCGCAUCAGUAAAGAGAUAUGGAACCUUGCUCCUACACCAGUGAACUCAGGUCCGUUCUCUCCUCAAAACUCACCACUAGAAAACAUAAAUAUUCUCCAGAACAUUGGAAAAAUCCAGGGAGAGGAUGUAAGUUUUUUCCCUUUCCUUGGUUGGAGGAUAUGGAAAAUGAAAAAUGACAUAGUAUUCAAUAAAAAGAAAUAAGCUAUCCCAGACACCAUUGGUAGAGCUUUGAUAGGCAAAAAUCUUUGGAUGGAAGCUAACAAUGCAGAAACAGAAGACCCAGACCCUCCUACAAACACGCCAAACCACACCACCCAUGAAAAUCCAUUAGAAAAAGCCAAGGACUCUACUGAAGUGAUACGUAAUAUUGAUGGCUUUUGUUGUUUUGUAGACGCAUCAUGGACUUCCUCAGAAGAAAAUGCAGAAAUAGGAUCGGCACUGUACAACAAAGAAGCAAAACUGGUGUUUUUUUUUUUUUUUUUUUUUUUUUUUUUGAAUAUAAUGUUAAAUUUAUUCAAAGAAAAUGCUUUUGUACAUCAUGUGUUACAUGGCAAGGCAGCUAUUGAACCGAUUGGCUCACCACUUGGGCAGAAGCCGAAGCAUUACGUAUGGCCAUCUCCCAAAUCAAAAGACUAGACUUCAAUCCAGUAACAUUAUGUGGUGAUUCAGCCGUGUUCUACAAGCAAUUUCCACAGCAUAAAGAACUUCCUAUGGUUCAAAAACCAAUGAGUCUAUCAUGCCCAACAUACAUCGAAGAUAUUGGUAACCUUAUCAACGAAGAAAAAGCUAGCUUCAGCUUUCAAAAAAUCCCUAAAUCUUGUAAUACUCAAGCUGAUAAUUUAGCUAAAGAAGGUAGAAUGAAAAACUUAAACUACGUGGUUUGUUGGAAUCUUGUAUAAAACUUUUUGAUAUUAUGAAUAUAAAUUAAAUGGUUGACAAAAAAAAAAAGAUUUAAACAAUAGUUAAUUUGAUAAAAUGGUUUGAAUAGAUUACCUUUAUAAACAAAAGUCUUUGAAAUUAAUAUUUAUAGUUUGACAUAUUCUGAAUUUCAUAUUUGUCUAAUUAUGUAUUGUUCUAUGAUAAAUACACAGACAGGUGGUCACAAAAAUGAUUUGGAUGCAAGGAAACAUUAUUCAUAUAAUCAUAUAUUAUGAGUAAAAUAAAAUAAGUCAUACUAGAACAUAUGAUUAAAAUAGAGUUCAACGAUCGAGGUAGUGUAUAGGAUUGCACUCUUCUCUGGUCCCCAUUUGCGUCUCUGAUCGAGGUAAAGUUUCAAGCUUUGGUGGCUCCCCUGUGUUGUAGUGGCUGUCUUCAGCCUGUUUCGAGUGGUGUUGCUGACAGUUUGAAAGGGUUUGAAUCCAAUUAUCUUCUCUGGGUUGUAAAGUGUGGCUUAGUUGGUCUUUGAUUUACAGCGUGUUAGCAGUAACGUAGUCGUGUGUGAUGAGCAGUUGAAGAUUCUAGUCUUUGUGAUGAAGUUGGGUUCAGGUUUCCUUUUCAUCUCUUGGUUUGCAAGUGGUUCUCUUUUUGGCCUUUUAAUAAGUGUUGUUCCUGGUAUGCUUUUUCUCUCUGUUUGCCCUCAGUGGUUUCCUGUAGUGAAGCAAUAUAAUGAGGCUGAGGCGCUAAAGCUUCCAGAUGAAGGUGCAUUUGAGUAGGGGCUUUCUUCUAUUGAUGUUUCUUCAUGGUUUCUGCCGUGGUACAUGCGGUGUGGUUCGUUGGUUGUUAUCGUGAACAUGACGUUCAGAUAAGAUUGUUGUAGUUUGGGUGUUGUCAUUGUGAACUUGUAUUUAGAUGAGUUCUUGGCUCUUCACGAAGAAGUCUUCUACGUUACUUGCUCUCUUGCUUAGUUCAUCGCAAGGCUUCCAGCUAGUCAUCGUCUUUUUAAGUUUUUACUCUUGUAUUUUAGAGUGUUUAGUUCUGAGUUCUUUUAAGGAGUGUUAGGAUUUGUUAUAUGUUUCUUUGUUGUUAUGUAGCCCGUGUACGUUUUGGGUUUAGUUUUCAGGAAAGUGUAUGUGUUCUGCCGCUUUAGUGCGUCAACUUUGUAUCCUUCCAUCUUCCAUUGAUAUCAAUGAAAAUUAGAUGGAAAGAAAAAAAAGAGUUCAACGUUAUGGCACGCUAUUUCGUGAAAGCGCGAAUGAGACCGACGUUUUACUAAACGACGUCAAAAUCAUGAUAUCACGUUUUAUCUGUUUCAUUGGAUCGUAGUAACCACGCUCCCAUUUAAGCGCGUAGAUUCACGACAUAAACAAGAAGACCGUGUAAUUACCACGUGGCUGGCAUAUGUCGCAAGCUUGCCGAUUUAGGACAGGAUCAAAAUUCUCCAGUUGGUUGUCCAAUCUGAAAAUAUUUAUACUUCAUAUCGGUUCCUAAGCUUUUUGUUUUUACUAGGCUUUACCCAGUUCUUUCCACAAAAUUAGAACUUUCAUCUUUUAAAAAUUUACAUAUGAAAUUAACUUAACACAAGACUACUGAAUUAUUGUUUAAAAAAAAAAAACUUAACACAAGACUUACAUUCAAAUUCAUCAGAUGACUACAACAUACUACUAUUAGCAUUUUGACUUAAAAUAAGUACAUGAUAAUUUAUUAGUCAACUAUAAAAUCGUUAUCUUAUUUAGGCAAUUGAGUUAUUGUUUAAUCUAUUUAAUCUAACUUUAUCUAUAGUAUAAACAUAAAUACAGAUAUGUAACCAAUCAGAGGAUAAAUAUAUCACAUUUGGUUAAAUAGUUCCAAAAUUAAAUAUUUAUAUAUAGAAAUAGUUAUAUCUUACAAAAAAUAGUUAUAUAUGAAUAAAUUAAAUAUCUCUAAAUACAGACAGACACACACACACAUAUAUAUAUAUAUAUAUAUAUAUAUAUAUAUAUAUAUAUAUAUAUAUAUAUAUAUGGUUCAAAUAGUAUACAAUAUAUUUUAUGGUUAUUAAAAAUAUAAAACAAUUUUUAUAGAAAUAUUUCCAUGAACAAUGUUUGUGAAAAAUCAAACAUUGAAUCAUAAACAUUGAAAUUUAGCAAGUCUUUUGUUGAUUAAUAAUUUUUGAAUAGUAAGACCCUCAAAAUUAUAGACAUUUUUUCGAUUCCAUUCCCAAUUUCCCAUUACAUCGUUGAAACUAGAAGGCAAUUGUGUAACAAAAAAACUUAGAGGAUGUUUAAGUAAAUUUAGGAUAAACGGAAUGAGACAUUUUUCAACUUUAAAGAGAGAGUCUACGAAUAGACGCCGGCCGGACUUUAGCACAAACCAAGAGACAUCCUUCAAUAUUUUUAUCUUUCUCCGUGUAGUUUCAGCGUUAUGUAUUUGGCAAAAACGGCACGACGUCUCUUUUUUUCUCUUCCAAAUUUGUGUGCUGUUAAACAUAACCGAUCUCUCUGUUUCUAUACUCUGUUUUUUUCCUAUUUCUCUCUCUCUCUCUCUCUCAUUCUGCUGCUUUUUCCCUUAUCUAUUUCUGUUUCUGUUUCAUCUUUAGUUUUGUGUCAGAGAAAGCAGAAGAGAAAGCUAAAUACUUGCUUGGAUUUGCGCAAUGCUUUUCCUUGGAUAAAACUCGGAGGAAUAGUAUUCCUUCAUGACUAUCCAAACAUGCUCCAAUUAUUUUUCUGGGUUCUUGUCUUUAUUUGGCAUCAUUCUUUAACCUGAUCGCAAUGUUGCUUCUUGAAAAAGGGUUGACUUUGUUUUUGGUCAACGAAAGCUAAAAGAUUCUAAAGGUGAAAGAAAUUUAAAGGGUUUGGUGUUCAAAAAAAAAAGAAGUUUUUUUGAGGGUUUUAUAUAGUUGAGAUGGCGACUUUAUCAGAUAUUGGAGUAGCGGCUGCAAUAAACAUUCUAAGUGCUUUGAUAUUCCUUUUGCUAUUUGCAAUCUUGAGGAUCCAACCAAUCAACGAUAGGGUUUAUUUCCCUAAAUGGUACUUAAAAGGUCUUCGGAGCAGCCCGGUUACUUCGGGUGCUUUUGUAACCAAAAUUGCGAAUUUUGAUUUCGGAUCUUACCUACGGUUCUUAAACUGGAUCCCCGCGGCGCUAAAGAUGCCAGAAGCUGAACUUAUUGAUCAUGCUGGUUUGGAUUCUGCUGUCUACUUGAGGAUUUACUUGAUUGGACUUAAGAUCUUUGUUCCGAUCGCAUUACUUUCAUGGUCAGUUCUGGUACCUGUCAACUGGACUAGUGAUGGACUGCAGCUAGCACAACUACGUAAUGUAACAUCGAGCGAUAUCGAUAAGCUUUCGAUAUCAAAUGUCGAAUAUGGAUCAGACAGGUUUUGGGCGCAUCUUGUGAUGGAAUACGCAUUCACAUUCUGGACUUGUUAUGUUCUUAUGAAUGAAUAUGAGAAAAUAGCUUCAAUGCGGUUAGCAUUUCUCCAAUCCGAAAAGCGACGUGCUGAUCAAUUCACCGUUCUUGUUAGGAACGUACCACCAGACUCACACGAGUCAAUUAGCGAAAAUGUGGAGCAUUUCUUUAUGGUUAACCACCCGGAUCAUUAUCUUACAAAUCAGGUGGUUUACAAUGCAAAUGAAUUGGCUGGCUUAGUAGAAGAGAAGAAGAAAAUGCAAAACUGGUUUGAUUACUACCAACUGAAGUAUACAAGAAACAAGGAACACAGGCCAAGAGUAAAGUUGGGGUUUCUUGGUCUAUGGGGAAAAAAAGUAGAUGCAAUGGAUCAUUACACAGCUGAGAUCGAGAAGCUAAGCGAGCAAAUAAUGGCAGAAAGGAAGAGAGUAAAGAAAGACAAAAAUGGUGUAAUUCCAGCAGCUUUUGUCUCUUUUAAAACACGUUGGGGCGCUGCAGUUUGCGCACAGACCCAGCAGACAAAGAAUCCAACCGAGUGGUUAACCGAAUGGGCUCCCGAGGCAAGAGAAGUGUACUGGCCAAACCUUGCCACGCCUUACGUGUCUCUCACGGUGAGGAGAUUUGUAAUGCACGUUGCCUUCUUCUUCCUCACUUUCUUCUUCAUCAUUCCAAUCGCAUUUGUGCAAUCCCUUGCGAGUAUAGAAGGUAUCCAAAAAUCCGCUCCGUUCCUCGAUACCAUCAUAGAAAAGAAGUUUAUUAAAUCGGUGAUCCAAGGGUUUCUUCCCGGUAUUGUCUUGAAGCUCUUUUUGAUAUUUCUGCCGAUGAUCUUGAUGAUCAUGUCGAAAUUUGAAGGGUUUGUUUCAAUAUCAUCAUUAGAGAGAAGAGCCGCUUUCAGAUAUUAUCUAUUCAACCUUGUGAAUGUUUUCCUCGGUAGCAUAAUCACCGGAUCUGCAUUUGAACAGCUAGAUUCUUUCCUUAAACAAUCCGCUGAUCAGAUUCCACGGACGGUUGGGGUAGCCAUUCCAAUAAAGGCAACGUUCUUUAUAACAUAUAUAAUGGUUGAUGGUUGGGCGGGUGUGGCUGGAGAGAUUCUUAGGUUGAAACCGUUUGUCAUUUUCCAUUUGAAGAACUUCUUCUUGGUGAAAACUGAAAAAGAUAGAGAAGAAGCAAUGGAUCCGGGACAGAUUGAUUUUUAUGCAACGGAGCCUCGGAUUCAACUCUACUUCCUCCUUGGCCUUGUCUAUGCUCCGGUCACACCCGUUCUACUUCCGUUCAUCAUCUUCUUCUUUGGUUUUGCUUACCUCAUCUUCCGUCAUCAGAUCAUAAAUGUGUAUAAUCAAGAGUAUGAGAGCGCGGCUGCGUACUGGCCGGACGUUCAUGGACGUAUAAUAUCAGCAUUGAUCAUCUCUCAAAUCCUUUUGAUUGGAUUAAUGAGCACAAAAGGAAAAGCUCAGUCCACGCCUUUUCUUGUCAUUCUACCCAUUCUCACCAUCGGUUUUCACCGGUUCUGCAAAGGCCGGUAUGAAUCUGCAUUCGUCGUUAACCCUUUGCAGGAAGCUAUGAUUAAGGAUACACUGGAACGUGCAAGAGAGCCCAACUUGAAUCUUAAAGGGUUUCUUCAAAACGCAUAUAUUCAUCCAGUUUUUAAAGAUGAAGAAUGCGAAGAUGACGAGUAUGAGGAACUUAUCGAGGAUUCGGAUGACGAAAAUUGUGUAGUUGUACCUACCAAGCGUCAGUCUCGAAGAACCACCGCUACCAGCAGCAAUCCGAACGGUGGUUCGUCACAACCCCUGUCUUGUAAUCAACCUGACACUGGUAAAGGAAAACCGGAGCCUUGAUGUUCAAUGAGUAAAUCACUAUAACGUUUUGGUUGUAUAUUCAGUAUUAAAAGAAACAUAACUGAUGCAUAUAUAUCAUUUUGUUUGGAUUUUUGUGGACGGUUUUGUAUAUUUCUAUGCUUGUCAUUGUGUUAUAUGAGUUUGUUGUCACUAUUCGAUUAUGCGAUUGUAUAAAAAAAAAUUCAACGAA